AAAAAAACCCACCCAGACUCGGUGUGUGCUGUAGGUUAUUUGUCCGUGUGGAAGGAGAAAUGCGAUGUCCAGCGCGGACACACCGACCCCAGCCGCCCUGUUUGUGGACUGACCGCUUCCCCACGGACCCAGGAACCUAAGAAGAAGAAGAAAGCCCCGUGGCUCCACUACUCCUCACUUUUGUGUUGUUUUUUCUCUCCUCUCUGCUACCACCUCUGCUGCAACUCUCCGGCGUGGACGGUUAAGCUCCGGAGCGUUAGCCUGAAGCCGCAGUUAAACUCGCUUUAGCGUCCCGGGGAGGAAGCGCCAGGCUCCGGCUCCUCGGCUCUGUCUCGCCCCUUGUCCCGUCCCGCUCGCUGGAUGGCCGGGUAUGGGGAGAGCAGGCUCCUGCUGCCCCGGGGCUGAGCGCCUCCAGCUCCCGGCCUCCCUCUGCCUGCUUCUGCUGGGAUAUCUGACUCUCCUGGCUCCGCUCGGAAAGAGCCAGGUACAGAUCCCGCAGUGUCGGAUCCAGAAAUGCACCACAGACUUCGUCUCACUCACCUCACACCUGAACCCCUCUCUGGACGGCUUCGAUGCUGAGUUCUGCAAGGCUCUGCGGGCCUACUCAGGCUGCACCCACCGCACAUCCAAGAGCUGCAGGGGCAACCUGGUCUUCCACUCAGCCUUGCUGGGCAUCAGUGACCUCAUGAGCCAGAGGAAUUGCUCCAAGGACGGCCCCACAUCCUCAACGCACCCCGCAGUCCCCAUUGAGCCUUGCAAUUACCAUAGCCGCCACCAGCACCAGGCCACACUGCCUGGGACGGGGGCAGAACUCCCACGCCCCAACUACCUUUUCUGUGGCCUGUUCGGGGACCCACAUCUCAGAACUUUUAAGGACCAGUUUCAGACCUGUAAGGUGGAGGGGGCAUGGCCCCUUAUCGAUAACAAUUACCUGUCAGUGCAGGUGACAAAUGUGCCAGUGGUGCUGGGUUCGAGCGCCACAGCGACUAAUAAGAUAACAAUAAUUUUCAAACCGUACCAGGAAUGUACAGACCAGAAGGUGUACCAAGCAGUGACAGAUGACCUGCCGGCGGCCUUCGUGGACGGCACUGUGAUGGGAGGCUCCAGCGAGAUGCGCAGCUUGCUGGUUGUGGAAAAGUCUCCAGGCUGCCACGUCGAGCUGCACGCCGCCUACAUUGGCGUGACAGUGGUGGUGCGGCAGUUGGGCCACUACCUGACGCUCGCUGUGCGCAUGCCAGAGGAGCUGGCCAUGGCCUUCGAUGAGACACAGGACCUGCAGCUGUGCAUGAACGGCUGCCCCAGCUCAGAGCGUAUUGACCAGGAGGGACGUCUGCAGCUGCCCAUGCUGGGCCUCCAGCAGCAGCAACAACAGGUCAGGCCAGGAACGGCCACGGCCCAGCGGGGAUCCACCUUCAGCCUAGAGAGUGCCUCCAGCAAGUGCAGGGAGCAGCUGGAGGUCAAGGACAUUUACUUCCACUCCUGCGUUUUUGACCUCCUGACCACCGGGGACGCUAACUUCACCUCAGCCGCCUACAACGCACUGAAGGACGUGGAGAUGCUGCACCCCAAGAGGGAGCACUGGCACAUUUUCUCACGCUCAGGAGCCCAGAAAAGUUCCUCAGCGGCCAUAAGCGCACUUCUGCUUUGCUUACUGAUGGCUGUGCUUUUUUAGUCGUAAAGGCAAAACAUGAGCAAAAAGUGGAAAGACACUGUUUGAAAACAAUCAUAACGUUGCUUGUAAAUACUGUGUAAACGCCUGCGGAGGAGGCCAGAGACGUACAUUUCUAUGACUGUAAAUUUUGUGUACAUGCCAUUUGCAGGGGCCGGGGGGUUGGGGGGCGGUUUUGAACAUUUUUUUAACGUGUGUGAAUUUUUGUGACCUUGUUUUGUUGUCGUCCUCAGGAGAGGAAGUCUUAACAGAAGCACUUUAUUUUUUAUGUUGCUACGUAACUACAGAACAGUGUUCCAUAGAACCAGAGCUUUUCUCGGUACCCACAAGCGCUUUUUGUUUUGGUUUGUUUUUCUGUGAAAUUCUUCACACCUCUGUACAUAGAUAGGACUUACCUCACCAUUUAACUCCACACAACCAUGUGACAGUAGGUUUUUUGAAGGGUUCAGAAAGAAUUGUGACAGUCACAGUAUCUUUCUGUGCGUCUUUCCUCGUUUUGUAGUCUAGAACUCAGUAUCGUCUUUGUCUCAGUGUAGAUUUAAAACAAAAAGAUAUGAAGAAUUCAAGCAAACAUGGCUGAAGUAAACCUAAUCCUCAGUGGCUUAAAACAGGGACUUCCCAUCCAGCAGGGCAAAUUUCAUUUGCAUUAAUAAUUCCGGUCCUGUAUUUCAUCAGCGACAAUCAGAAUCUUUUUUUUUUUUUACCCAGCACAGAUGUGCGUUUAAUAGUCAUGGAUAGCAUAAAGAUGGCAAAGCAGCAUGAUUUGAUUAAGGUUUUCCUCUCCAGAGCAAGGUCCAGCACUAUAUUCACUGAGGAAACUGGAAAGUAGUGAUUUCUCCUUUGCUUCCUGUGAUCUCUUUCACUUUUGGCUCACUACUAACGUACUAACUUUUCUUUAGUUUAGCUCCAUUACCAAACAAGCUCCUUCGUCAGUUAUCUCCUGUUCAGUAUGACUUAGUCGUUUCCCUCCAACCAAAGAUCUUGUGCAUCCUUUUGCUAUUACAGCGUGUAGCUGGUGCACGCAAAAUAUACAUUUAUUGGGUUUUUACACUGUUGCUAUACCAGAGAUAGUCAGCAUUGCCGUUUGGUGCAUUAUCUUUCCUUGUGAAUGAUAUUCCACAUGACUUUUGUUUGCCAAAAAUCAGUGUGGGCCACUGUUUCAGGACACACACACAAGGCAUUUCCUAAUUAGCACAUGAAGCUCAUGGCACUAUUCUAGGUUUUGCAAGCCAAUGCCCUCCAGAAACUCAACCAAUUAGACCAUUUUAUGCCCGCAUUCACAGACCUGCAUAUGAAAGAAAUGCAAAAAUGUGUUUAACAAAGUUUUUCUCCUCAGAAAAUGCUUAAGAGCAUCUUUAAGGACUUCCCACAUCUACAAACCAUUUGAAGUAUGUUUAUUUGGAGAACGUCCAAACAUCUAAUUGAUUUUGAAGAAAUAUUCCCAAAACAUGCUGUUUUCCUAAAGAAAAAGUUCACUGUGCUUUGAGUGUGCAAUGAACUGAUGAUGCCAGCGAUGUUAAAUCUAAUACUUUAUGGUGAUUGCCUUACGGUGCAUCCACAAUGGAAGCCCAUAGAAACACUCCCCACCUGAAAUCUUCCUUUGUACCAUAUUCCUUUUUUUUAAAGACUUGCUACUGUAGACUCAUGUUUGUACGUUUAUUUGCAACUACUGCCAGUGCCGAAGAGCUGCUACCAUACUGUGACAAGUGUAAUAGAUUGUAUUUGGAACACUGGGAGCGGUGAGUGGCCAAAAUCCUAGAUGGUCUGUAUUGAUUGGUCGAAUCCUUAGAUGGCCUGUAUCGAUUGGCCAAAUAUUAGAUGGGCUUUAUUUCAUUAUAUAAUGGAAUAUUUAAAGACCAGAGCAAGGCAUCUGAGUGCAAUUAACUGCAAAGGUAAGCCUUCAUCCUGUGUUUUUGCUUUGUUGCGUUUUAUUUUGUGAUAUUUUUUUUUCGUGAGUGAAUUCUGUUUUUGUGAAGAGUGACUGCUCAAUGUUUAUACUUAAAUUAUUUAUGAAAUAUAGUGUCUUGUUAGAGAAGUUAAGCUCCAUAUUCUUGCUGUUCAGAAAAAAAAAGUUUCAGAUGUGAUUGUACUGCCACCUAGUGGACCACCAUUGUUACAUCAGUGUUUUAGUAUUGUACUGGAUGCGGUGACUUAAAAACAAGGAAAAAAGGAAAAAAAUGUGUUUUAUUUAAAACAUUAAAUGAAAAUACAUAAAUGUUGUUGACUUUCUUUGGUUACUGCUCAUCAGAUAAUGUGACUUAUUAAUAACAUGUCUCUGUAUUGUCAGUUUAACAACUGACAGACACUGUAUCAUUGUGUUUUUCAAAUACAAAGCAUACACAUUCA